UAUUCAAUGUCUUGAUUUUAAGGUCUAUGUAAUGGUGUGGUGCCAUUGGGUAUGGAGAACGGGAUGAUUCCGGACGAAAACAUUACAGCCUCCUCCACACACGGCGACUGCUCGACAGGGUCAGCUCGCCUGUAUACCGUUCUUGAUGAACAGACAUCCGGCUGGUGUCCCCUAACUACCGACGCUGAUCAGUGGCUUCAGAUUAACCUUGGAUCAGAGGUCAAAGUAGCAGGUGUCGCCACGCAGGGCCAAGGUGGGGGUCUCAGUGACGCGUGGGUGACGUCAUACAAGCUGCUGUACAGCCUGGAUGGUGACACAUGGAACGUCAUCUUGGACGACCAAGGCCGGCAAAAGGUGUUCUCCGGGAACAUCGAUACACAGUCGGCGGUGACUAACAUGCUGGACAGGUCUGUCAUUGCAAGCUAUGUACGUUUCCAGCCCCAAACCUGGUACCAGUCAAUAGUCAUGAGGGUAGAAGUGCUUGGAUCGUACUUCAAAACAGUUAACAGCAGCUGGACUGAGUGGGGGCCAUGGACAGAGUGUAGCGUGACGUGUGACAAUGGACAACGCACACGUGAACGCACCUGUAUGCCCCCGGUCCCGAUGUGCGGUGGGACCAACAAAUGUGUUGGGUCCUCAACAGAGACAGAGGAGUGCACACAUGGAGUCAGAUGCACAGCCAUUGGUGGUCUCUGGCACUUGAACGGGGAUUGUGGCCUGUUGGACAUUACGGGAAACGGAAAUGACGGCACAGCACAGGGUACGCAGCUGGCAGAGGGUCCAGAAGGGGAGACUGAAGGGUCUUACCUGUUCCUGGGAACUUCAUCUUCGUAUGUGGACAUUCCCAAUAACGGAGCUUUGGACACCCGAUACUCCAUCACCAUAUUGGCCCAGAUCUUCCCUACCUCUACACUUGGACCUGUCUUUGUUUAUGCAGCAGAUGCGGAACCUGUGGUGCGCCUGACAUUGGCCCAGUAUGAUUCUAUGCACUUUAUUUUCAGUUUAGCAGAUAGGACUGGGACAGUAACAACACAUGUCACUGCACCCAAUGUGACAUUAAACAGUUGGAACAACGUGGCUGCAAGCUACAACUACAGCAGCGGAGAGAUGUUCGUCUGGCACGAGGGUGUUAAAGUGAAGAGCCAAUGGCUUGGACCUAGGGAAAGUCGCACCCAACUUCCAAUAAGACUUGGUGCUGUGGACGGUUAUGGGGAUUUCCUAUUUUCUGGAAGAAUCUCUUGUCUACAGGUCUACGGCUAUGCCAUGAGCCCAGAAGAGAUUUCUGUUGCACAGGGUAAAUGUGCAGCCAUACGCUGUCCAAAACUGUCGGCUCCACGCAACGGGAUAAUGACUGGUUGUAACUCGUUCAACCACACUGUACAGUUUGUAUGCGAUGAAGGGUUUAUCUUGGGGGGUGCCUCCAAUGCCACGUGUCAAGAGGAUGGGUCCUGGAGUGACAACGUACCCAUAUGCAUAGGGGGUUUUGGGGAUUUGGGUGGGGGGAUGGGUGGCUGA